GAAGCAAGUAAGUUUCGUUUCUGUAUGUCUUAAAAACAACAAAAAUUAUCCUUCAAAUUUUGAAUAUUCGGCUGUAAUUUUACAAUAUAUUGCCAGUCGUCAACCAUCCUUGGGAAUGCUAUAGUCUGUUUGUUUGUACCUUAGUGGCCUGGUGUGAUAUCUACGGCUUGAUUUGUCACUCCAUAUCAACCCGUGUGUAUAGUGACGUCAGGGGUCUCAAUCAACAUGGCGUCCAGCGGCAUGGUAAUGGGCUUCACCACUGGUCUCCUGACGCAGCUCAAGGAAGACGGGUCAGCUAUACCGAUAGAUGAUGAGACUGGCUCGUGGAUAGCUGCAUCCCCUGGCUUCACUCUGUUACUAGGCAAUGCUGUAGUUCCAAUUCUAAUGUCAAAAUUUGGUCGAAAAACUACAAACCUGAUCACCAUCGUCCUGCAAAUCGCUGGAUGGCUGAGCAUCGCUGGAGCUGAUAACUUGACCGUCUUAUUAGUAGCUAGAUCUAUUCAAGGUCUCUCUUUAGGAGCCGUCAUGGUCUUUGGACCAAUCCUUAUUGGAGAGUACAGCAGUCCUCAAUAUCGAGGUAUUUUUCUGAUGAAUAUAUCCAUUAUUACGUCACUUACUGUCCUAAUCGUCCACACUUCAGGACUGUACUUGCAUUGGAAGAUCACUGCUUUGAUUUUUGCGGUAAUAAUGUUUGUAAAUUUACUAAUAGUGAUAUUUUCCCCGAUGUCUCCAAGUUGGCUUGCAAGUCAGGGAAGGAUCGAGGAGACCGCAAGAAAUUUCAGAUGGUUAAGAGGUGAAGACGAAGAGAAAGAAUUACAGAAAAUGAUUACAUACAGUAUGAAGGUACAAACGAAAUCUGCAAGUGAACAUUUAUUGACCAGGAUUAAGAAAGCAUUGCUGUAUUUUAAGAUUAUAGUAAAGAAAAAGGAGUUCUACAAGCCAGUAAUCAUCAUGGUACAUCUCUACACCCUAGGACAAUGGGCCGGCAUCAAUAUAAUGUCAGUAUUCACUGUAGAUAUUUUCAAAUAUAUUGUCAGGCAAUGUGAUUCUCCUAUAUACGUCAUAGCAUUAGACAUCCAAAGAGUGAUAUCUACAGCUAUAGCUUUAAUAAUUAUAAAGAAAACUAGACGAAGACUCGUGUUAUUUGUCACAACUGGUAUUAAUAUUGCAAUAUUGAUUCUCACAGCAGGUUAUACGUUUGCUAAGUCAAAAAACCAGUCACUAGAAUAUUCUUUACUUGGAUUAGUAUUAAUUCAUUUGCACAUGUUUUCGAUUGCAUGUGGUACUCUACCUAUGCCUUUGGUGAUAUCUGGAGAGAUAUUUCCUCUUGAAUGUAGAAGUUUGGCUGGAGGAAUCAGUAUUUUGUUCUUCUCUUUUUCUUUUACAUUAGUAGUAAAAACGUUUCCAUUAUUAAUCAGAACGUUAGACGUACAUGGUACCUACUUGAUUUACGCUGGUGUAACAGCAUAUUCUCUAGCAGUGGCAGCUGUUUUCUUACCUGAAACUAAAGAUAAAAGUCUACAAGAUAUAGAAGACGAGUUUAAAGGGAUACCAGUUGAUAUGACGACAGCUGAGAGACUAAUUAGUAAUAGUGACAAUAAUGUUAAUGUUAAAUUACUCGACGAUAGUGCAAAUAACUUAAUAAAGCGCAAUUAAUCGAC